CGAUGACCUGCAUGGUUCUGACCUACAUCACGAAAUGCAUCCGUCGAUUGUCACGGCCCUCGCUGAAUUUGAGCAAGAAGUCGUCGACAAGGACUUGCGACCCGCAUUGUCAGGAGAGAUUCUCGAUGGAAUCCAUACUGCUUCCCAGCAGACCCGUAAUGGUAGAGCCUCGUCCUCGGACGAGCAAGCUCCCAUCGAAAGUCUCGAGCCGUCGUUGGACAACUCGCACCCAACUCGCGAGUCCUUGAAUGCAGACAGUCACGUUCCAUCUAAUGCACUUGAAAUUGAUGCAGAAGGGAGACCUUGGUGGAAGGGCGUCGUUGCCUACCAAGUCUGGCCCAUGUCCUUCAAGGACUCGAACGGAGAUGGUAUUGGCGACUUGCAGGGUAUUAUCUCCAAGCUGGACUAUUUGAAGGACUUUGGCAUCGAGAUGAUCUGGCUGUCGCCCACUUACAAGUCUCCACUUGAUGACUGGGGCUACGAUAUCAGUGACUACGAGGAUAUGCACGACCAAUUCGGAAAACUGAGUGAUAUCGAGGAAUUAAUCAAGGAAGUUCACGCGCGGGGAAUGAGGAUCAUCCUUGAUCUUGUCGUUACACAUACUUCUAAUCAGCAUGCUUGGUUCAAAGAGAGUGCAAAGUCAAAGGACAACCCCAAGGCUGACUGGUACAUGUGGGCUGACAAACGCCCUGGGAACAGGAUCAAGGGGGAGCUCGUCGAAGAGCCUUCGAAUUGGCGCGCAGCUUUUGGCGGAAGCGUUUGGACACAUGUGCCUGCCAGAGAUCAGUACUACAUCCAUUUGUUCUUGGAAUCACAGCCCGAUCUCAACUGGCACAACGCAGAAAUGCGAGAGGCCGUGUACCAGUCUGCUAUUAAGUUUUGGAUCGAUCGAGGCGUUGACGGCUUCCGUCUCGAUACUGCCAAUCGAUUCUGUAAGAAUCCGGCAUAUCCGGAUGUUGAAGUGAGCGUACCAGGUAAAUGGCAGCCUGGAAGCCAGCACUAUAUCAAUGGACCGGAAAUGCACAAGUGGCUCAAGGAGAUCCGCGUGAAGAUGGACCGAGACAGUAACGGCAAGGAUCUCAUGAUUGUGGGCGAGCUUCCUCUCACACCGUAUGAAGAGCUGCUCAAGUAUGUGCAUCCUGACGAAAAGGAGCUCAGCAUGGUCUUUGACUUCGACAUGGUCAAGCUUGGCAAUAAUGACAAUCCGGACGAGUAUGCGAAACACGAAGUGAGCAAUUACAUGGACCAUGACGAGAGCUAUACUCUGCCCAAGUUCAAGGAUAGUGUGUCCAAGGCUCAAAGCCUCAUUACCGAGAGUGGUGCUUGGGGAACGGUGUUUAUGGAAAACCACGACCAACCACGCAGCAUCGCCCGCUACGCUACACCAGAACACAAAUACUGGCGCAAAGCGGGCAAACUCCUCGCCCUCCUCCAAACCACCCUCUCGGGGACCCAGUUCAUCUACCAGGGCCAAGAAAUCGGCAUGCUGAACAUGCCCGAAAGCUGGGGCGUCUCCGAAUUCCGCGACCCAGACGCCAAAAUCUAUGUCGAAGACUACUCCACCAACUACCGCGACAUGGACCCCAACGCACGGGAAAACGCCAUCCACGGCGUCUUCAAAGUCGGCCGCGACAAUUCUCGCACUCCCAUGCAAUGGUCUGCAGCUGCCAAUGGUGGUUUCACGGGUAGUAACCCGACAUGGAUGAAAGUGAAUGACAAUUUCUCCUGGUUGAACGUUUCGGCGCAACAGGCCGAUGCGGAUUCGAUUUGGAACUUUUGGAAAUCGAGCGUGAAGAUGCGGAAGGAAUUUGGCGAAUUGUUUCAAUUUGGGAGUUUUGCGUUGUAUGAUUAUGAGAAUCCGGAUAUGGUGACUUUUACGAAAAUGGCUACGACGACGGGCAAGAAGAACUGCUAUGGGCAGAUGGCGUUGGUGAUACUCAAUUUUAGCAAUCAGGAAUUGGAGUUGAAUACGCCGCAGAAGCAUUUGUUGGGGCAUACGUAUCGCAUGAUUGCGUGCAAUGUGGAGGUGCCGGGGGAGAAGUUGCAGGCGUGGGAGGGGAGGGUGUAUAUCAUACGGGAUGGGUUGGAGGGGUGA